AUGCUUCCAUGUGUGUCCCGCUUACGCGCUUCCCCCGCAGGCGGCCCGCAGUCCGCGAGAUGUUCGUGGACGCCCCUGGCUUGUAAGCGUCGACCAACGCUCCCAGCGACUCACGUGCCCAACCCAGUGCCCGUGCACACCGUCAAGCGCCCCAACGCUCCUAGCGCAUCAGCCAGCAGACCCAGACACCACACGACCCGACAUCAUAACAGAGCUGGCAGAGUCUCUGAAGUUGAGUGGGUGAGUGAUCUGCUUCUGGAUUAUAAAAAGAAAUGGAAUGUCCCACUGAUUCAAAAGCUAUUCACAGAUCAAGAGGCCACUGAAAUCCUCAACAUUCCUCUUGAGGAUACUGCUAACAGGGACAUAUUCAUUUGGGUGGAGGAAAAGAAUGGCAUAUUCUCUGUCAAAUCUUGUUAUAAUUCUAUUCUGGACAUGAAGAAAAAGGAGAUUGCAGUACCUGAAAGCAGCACUAGUGCAGCAAUUAAGAGGAAGAUGUGGUCUGCCACCUGGAGUCCCCAGGGAUUUGGAGGAAGCUGUUCUUACUGGUAUUCGGCAAGCACUUUGGAAAGCUUUCAUGUUGGAUUGGAGGAUCAUUGA